AUGGAUGCAGCAUUCAUUUGGAAACUCUCCAAACUCGGACGGAUUGGUUCCACACGCCAAAGAUACGACGACGAUUUUGCUGAUCGAUUAAAUUAUCAGUAUACAAGUGUUCUACUCUUCCUUUUCAUUGGACUUAUUGGAAUUCGACAAUACGUUGCUUCGCUUUCACCAGCGGUGACUUAA